CUCUUCUUCUUCAUCCCCCCGCUUUUCCCUCUAGUAGUGGAUCAGGUGGUGUUUCCCUCUCACUCUCACUAUCCCUCCCCAUCCUCAGCUCCCCCAUUUGAAUUCAUUCAUCUCCGCGGCCUCAGGAUCAUGCGGAGGAGGAGGAGGAGGACUGAUCCCCCAGCCCCACCGAUGUAGCAUUUGCGAACUGCUGGUCUACCUCGCUCCCUCCUCUCCAUCUCGCCGUCUUGGGAUCCCGGUGGCCUUGGGAGCGGACGCUUCACCAGCUGAAUUACAUUUUCAUCCGAUUGUCCAAGAGGAAGUUGGACGAGACGCAGGGACAGUGAAUCUUGGCAGCAUUGGAACGUGAAUUUUCAUUAGUUUUCUGCAUUCGACUCACCUGUUAGGACUUUGCUGGCGUAGAUGUUGAUGGGUUGCUGAUGGCAAGAGGACAAGUACUGCCCAUUGUGAGUUGGAAAUCGGAGCUGCGAACCUCAGAUCUCAGGGUACUGAAAUCUUCGACUAACCCGAAUAUUGUUAUUGGAGAAUGAGCGCACCCCUUGGGCACAUGGAACCCUCCGGCAGCCCCGGAAAGAGAGCAGUACAUCACUAUGACAGGGCGGAAGUAUCUCCUCAGGGGCAUUCUCAUGGAAGCAAGUUCAUUGGACCAGGACUUGCGGAUACCGUCCACGCUUCAGAAAAAUUCGAUAAGGCUGGGUUGCUUGCAGCUCACCUAGCAGCUCUCCAUGAUGCGUACAUGCUUGAACGGGGUUUGUUGCCGGGCACUUCGUUGCCUGACAGCGAGGCGCCUCCAAUUCCUCCGGUGCACGCCGAGUCGCCAUGGAAAGACUUCAAGCUUCUAUCUCUCGCCGAGAUGAAAGUGGGGAAGACUCACCGCAAGCAUGCUCUCGAAGGACGUCUGUGCGCGAAAUCCUUGAAAGUGACUUCAGUGGUGAAUGUGUUGGAGGAAGACUCCGGACUUGCUACUAAGUUAAUCUUGACGAAUGCGUUGCCGAUGAGGGCGAGCAUGGCGCAAGCACAAAAUUGCUAUCCUGAGGGGUCGCGGGUGACUGUGCGGGAUCCUUAUCUGACUCGGUUUCCUGAUGGGGUGGUGGGUGUAUUGGUCGAGCGUCCUCACGACAUAGCCUUCCUUUCGAGACCUGAUAUCACUGGGGCAAAUGGGACCCCGGUUUACAGAGCUGUAGGGCCGGAAGAGUAUGACGACGAUAGAUAUGCCCAAUCUACGAGUCGAGAACACGAAGAUUUUUCGAGGAAGGUUCAUUUGUUUGAAGAGAUGAAACAGAUGAAUCAGGAUAACACUCACUCUUUACACUCGAAGUCUCACGGCCAUCCAUCGGCACUGCUCAGUUCUAAGAGCUCUCCUUCUCAGGAUGGACCCAAAGGUAGAAGCUCACCAUCGAAGGACGAACGGAAAGAGGUUCCCGUGAGUGAUGCGACGGACGCUUCAAUAGCACCUGAAGCAACUCUUCCAGAUACGAAAGACGAGCUUACACAGAGUGUUGCAAAGGGAAAUCUCUGUCCUCCAGCUGAUAAUGUCCCUUCCGUAAGUGUGGAAGAGCGUGUUUCAACCGAAACAGGUCCUGCGACGGCCGAAGAAGUUCUUGAAGGGAAAGAUUUGGAUUCAUCAAGCUCUGGGGAGGUUCCUACUGAAAAGGAAUUACUUGUGGAUAAACCUUCCUUGGAUGCUACUAAAAUUGAGGAGGCUGUCAGUGGAGAACCGGACAAGAGUGGUAAAGCAGAAUGCACAGAAGCGGAGGAGCUUAGCGAAAUACAGGUGGAACAAGAGUGGAUAAAGGUGGACAUGAGUGGCAAAGAAGAAGAGCUACUAUCCUCAGGAUCGCAGAGUAGCAAAGAGAUAGACACAGUUUCCGCGGGGGUGACAGAAUCGACCAGCAAAGAGCUAGGCGAUUCUUCUCUCGAAAAUUGUGGGCUCGCAGGUGAAGGUGCUGCAAACGAGACACAGCCGAAGUUUGCAGAAGUGGCCCCAGAGACUAAAGUUCCACUUAUAAGGAAGCAAUUUCAACGAAGCGACAGUUUGUUAGCUGUGCACGAAGAUGAAGACUCCAGAGCCAGAGCCAGAGCCAGAGCCAAUAGUACGGAAGCAGUUGAGCCUGCACGUUCAGAAAAACCAGGACACGAAGAAAGGCAGAGUUCUGAAAAACAAGAAGUAGAAGUCAACCAUCCAAGUGAAUUUGUAGAAACACAUAGUGCCAACGACCUGAGAGUGCUAGGCAACCUUAUGUUUGCGGAGGAGAAUUAUAAGGGCGCAACGGACCUCUACACGAGAAGUAUUCGUCUGGCAGAAAAUGAAGAGAAACGUCAAGGGAAAUUGUGUUGCAAAAGUGAAAUCAUUCUUGGGUACUCCAACCGUGCUGAAGCGUAUAUCCGAAUGCAGGAGUUUGGCUUGGCGUUAGCAGAUGCCAAAAAGGCUUUGUCACGAGAUCCCACCCAUCUGAAAAGCUUGUUCAGGAAGGGAAGGGCGUUGUUGGGACUCAGUCAGUACGAGCAAGCUCUGACUACUUUGCAGGCAGCUGCACCUCGAGCUCCAUUAGACAGGGACCUUCAAGCUGCACUUCACGAGAGUAGUACUGGUGUUCAGCAAGCUUGUCAUGGUCAUUACGAUUUGGCUCACUACUACUUGAAGGGAAAGCAGAUGGGAGAAUCCCCUUUUUGUGUAGACUACAUUGGUCCUGUCAUUGUCACCGACGUGGGCCGAGGGCGCGGUCGGGGGCUUAUAUUAACGAAAGAUGUGGAAGCAGGGGAGCUGCUACUUGUAUCUAAUCCUAUGGCUUUCUUGCCAUUACCGGAGGAUGAACAAGCACACAACGAAAUUUCGCAGGCUUUAGUAACUGGAAAGGUCCAGGAGGGAUUUUUCAAAGUCAUUGAAGCUGGGCAUGGACAUAACAAGGGUCUCGAGAAACUGUCGACACUCUAUGAUGGAGAAACAGUUCUUCCAACACCAUCUGUAAAUCACAUAGACGCAGAAUCUGCAACCUCAGAACGAUUGGAUGCCGCACGCAUUCGUCAUAUCAUACGGCUGAAUGCGAUCAAUGGCGAUGCCACGAUGGGAUGGAAAAAUUUACCUGGCUCUGGCGAUCAAGCUCAGAAGGUAGAGCACUGGGGGUUAUGGUGGUUACCGUCUUUUAUCAAUCACUCAUGUCUUCCUAGCUCUUCUCCUAUGCUCGUUGGAAAAGCUCUUUUUGUAUUUGCAUCGCGGGACUUGCGUGCUGGUGAUGAAGUCACUCGUGCCUAUUUCGAUAUCUUUCAACCUCUGGAUCAGAGAAAGGAGCUGAGCACAAAGGGAUGGGGAUUUAUAUGCUUCUGUCCGCGUUGCAAGCUUGAGGACGCACUGCACUCCUCGCUUUCUAAAGUCACUGAGCAUUACAUGAAGCUGAUGGAAUUGGCAAGCAAGUCUAAAGCAGAAUUUGGGUCUGACGAGAAGCUUAAAGAGACUCAAACAUCAGCUGGACUAAAACUGUUCCACAAACUUGAGACCAAGUUGAAGGAUUUCAAACUUAACGCAGCUGAAAAUAACUGGGUUCGUUCCUCAUUCUUACAUUAUAUUGAUCUGAUUAGUGGCGAGCAUGAGUUGCAUACUCAUCUGGAAUCUAUUGUGGAUGCUCUCGUCACGGUUUGCCCGGGCAGUGAGACAACUUUGCACAUGGCGGUUGUUGCAAAAGACUCAGCAAGGCGAACCUUUGGCAAGAAGUCGGCCCAAUUCAAGGCUGCCAAUCAACGUGCUGUCAAUGUCUGUCGCUUUACAUGCGGAAAGCAGAAAGCUAGCGUUCUGCAGUCUAUAGUUGAUAAGAAUGACUACCAAUCGUAGAUAGAUAGAACGAUGGUGGAGUGCGCUUCACAGCCUUCCUCAUACUUCAGUUAUUAGCUUUUUCUUCUUCUUUUCCUUCAGGUGGCAAACGUGUGGUUUCUGUUGAUUCCUCGACUCGGCUCUUGUUGGGCCUAAUGAUGAUGUGAAUCGUGUAAGAAAGCUUGCCGCAGGUUAUUGUAGAGUGAUUCAAGUUGGGUAUCAACUUAAGUCUCAGACCAAGAUGUAUGAUAUCCAAUAGCUGGUUGGAAUCCUGUAGGUGGUAAUCAAGGUCAGGAAUAUUGUUAGUCACAUAUGGUUGCGUUGUUAUGGAAUUGUAUGUGUUUUUUACA